CAUAUUUAUAGUGUCACAGAAGAAUAAAAAAUAAAAUUGAAUAAUAACAGUAACCUUGCCCAUUAUUCAAAAAUGGGAAGAAAUAAUCAAAGAAGAAAUCGCAAAACUCAUUCAAAUUCAUAUUCAAAUUCAAAUUCGAAUUCGAUUCAUCAGCAGCAACAAUUUUAUCCUAAAAAAGCUAACAAAAUCAGCUCCGAUCAUGAGCUUGAGCAGAAGGAUAAUCGCGAGGAGUUUAAUGAAGAAGACGAGCCAAAACAAUCUCCUGCAACUCACCAAAAUACCGAGUGGGUAAUGAAGAAUGGGCCUCACCAUGCAGCCAAGGAGCAGCUUUUAGAGAAUUCUCAAGUGGGAACUUCGGAAUCUGAGCCAAUUUCGAUUUCUGAACUCCAUUUGUCGAAUAGGGAUGAUGCUGGCUGUGUAUUUGAAAAAUUGCGGUUAGGUGUGGAGGAGCCACAGUUGUCUGAGGAGCAGCUGAGGAUCAAUGAUCAGCUGCAACAGGAUGAGUUGCUUGCUAUGGAAUCCAUUUACGGAGAUAAUGUCUCCGUUCUUGAAAACCAAGGAGGCCUAAGAUCUUUUCAGAUUCUCGUCCAUAUUGAAGCUGGUGGUGAACUUACUGUUACUGCAAAUCUUAAUUCCUCAGGAAAUCUUAAGAUGAAAAGUGAAAGUGACUACUCAUACUCAUUAAAACUUCAGUAUCUUCCACCGAUUGUACUCUCUUGCUUAUUGCCUAAAUCAUACCCGAGUCAUCUGUCACCUUAUUUUACCAUUUCAGUUCAGUGGUUGGAUUCCAUUAGGAUUUCCAAGCUCUGCUCCAUGCUGGACGUAAUAUGGGCGGACCAACCUGGGCAGGAAGUUAUAUAUCAAUGGGUCGAAUGGCUGCAGACUUCUUCUCUUUCUUGUCUUGGGGCUGAACAAGAGAUUACACUUGGUCCUUAUGGCACAUUAAAUUCUGAAGACAUACGUGCAAUUUCAGAAAGCGUCUCCCCUGAAGUUGAUAUCCCUUCAUUAAGAAAUUAUAGUGACGAGCAGUGCCAUGAGACUUUUCGUCAGAACUUGCAUGAAUGCCUCAUCUGUUACGGCGAAUAUGCUGGUUAUGACUUCAUCAGGCUACCUUGCCAGCACUUUUUUUGCUGCACAUGCAUGAAAACCUAUUCUGAUAUACAUAUUACAGAAGGCACUGUGAACAAGCUUCAGUGUCCUAAUGAAAAAUGUGGGUGUAUGGUUCCUCCUGGUUUAUUAAAACGCUUGCUUGGUGAUGAAGAAUAUGAACGUUGGGAAUCUUUAAUGUUACAAAAAACUCUAGAUUCUAUGUCCGAUGUUGCCAAUUGUCCUAGAUGUGAAACACCCUGCAUAGAAGAUGAAGACCAUUAUGCACAGUGCUCCAAAUGUCUCUUUAGCUUUUGUACCCUUUGCAGAGACAAACGGCAUGUAGGCGAAGAAUGUUUAACACCAGAAAUACGGCUCCGUGUCUUAGAGGAGCGCCAGAAUUCGUCUCAGUUAGGGAGUAAGCAGAGGCAAAAGGAGCAAGAAAUGAUCAAUAACCUUCUUAGUCUGAAGGAAAUACUUCGUGAUUCUAAGCAAUGCCCAUCUUGUAAGAUAGCAAUCUCAAGAAUUGCAGGUUGUAACAAGAUGGAAUGUCAGAAUUGUGGGCAGUACUUCUGCUACCGUUGUAACAAAUGCAUUACUGGAUAUGAUCAUUUUAGGGAAGGAGCAUGUAACUUAUUCCCACCCGAAGAAAUUCAACUGUGGGAGGAGCGGAUGAAUGACCGCCGGAUUGAGGCUCAGGUUCAAGCAUUCUUUCUUGAGCAUGCUCACACACGGUGCCCCAACUGUCGUCAACCAAAUUUAAAGCUUGGCAAUAACAAUCACAUCAAGUGUCAGGCAUGCCAACAACAUUAUUGUUACGUAUGCAAAAAGAUUGUGAGGAGCAUGCAGCAUUAUGGACGCAAGGGUUGCAAGCAGCACACAGCUGAUUAGAAGCGAUUUGAGAUUCCGAAAAGCAUAUUUACAGGGCGUAGGAUACGCUAAGGCUUCAGGUUUAUUUAAGUUGUUUGUAGCAAUGUUCAUUUAGGUUUAUUAGGUGCAUGUAUCAUUUUUUUUUAUUUUCAAUUAAUUUUUUUUUUGUACAAUUAUUUCAAUAGAGAGAAUAAAGAGAAGAAAAAAGAAUAAUGAGGUGUUUGAAUUUUAAUGAGAAACAUAGUGACCUUCGUGCACAGACGAAGUGUAACAGAUCAGUAUGAAACGAUUAAUUGGGAAAAUGAACUAUUGAAUUGCUGAGAAAUUUAUUAUUGGACAUAGAGUUAUGGCUGCAACCAAUGCCAGCAAUCUCUUUGGUUUAUGAUAAUCAAGCAAUAAUGUCUAGAGCACUAAUAAAAUAUAUCCUCUCCGUCCCAUAAAGAUAAAAGAAACAGUCAUUUUUUUUAUCUCAUUAAAGUAGAAAAUUUAGUGUUAGUGUUAGUUAAACAUAAAAUUAUUAAAAUAUCUUUAGAAUCUUAUUAUAUCAACAUUAGUCCUCUUUUAUUCUAAUGAGAGUGAAGCUGAAAUAUGCUCUGAUAUUUCUCUUUUGGAUUGAGCAAAAUUAUCUGAUUAUGAUAAAAUUCAGCUCAAAGAAGUGAGAGAGGAAAAUGUGGUAACUAAGUUGCAUGAUAAGGCUAUUCCUUUUAUGCAAAGUUGGUUUCAUGACUUGGCUCCUGUUAGCUAGUCAAGCUCAGAUUAAGGGUAGAAAUUUUAUUAGACCACAAGGAUGAGUCAUUUCUUGUGAGAUGGCUUAUGGAGAUUACUUUAGAGAAUAAAUUGGAUGUAUGCCUAAUGGUUAUUGAAGAAGGGUGGAGAGGCUUAGCCACUGAUGAGUUCUUCAAGGAUGAAAUUGAAGCUGCGGAUUGCGGUCUGCAAUGUGUAUAUUUAUGCACAGUUACGGAUUAAUGGAGUACAUUGUCUGCUAUAUCGUUAAAGCUUCCACAAAAGCAAGGUAAGUUACUCUGUUUCUCAAUUGUGUAAUUUGGUUAGUAGGAGACCAUACGAGAUUUGUUGCUUGUCAGCCAUCAUGAAUUUCUAAUGAAGGAGGUCUCAGCAGAAAGCCAGCAAUUUUGGCUCUGCUAAAGCACACUCUUUGUUUAUAUAGGGGAAAGAAUUUAAGGUGCAGCUGUAUUUAUAAACUAUGAUUGCUGUAAAAGAGUGAAUAAAGAACUUUACAAAAAAAGUUCUAUAAACAGCUUUGAUCAUGGUACUUUGGCAUCAUAAUUCAUGUCCCACGAUCUUUUAUGGAAUAUUCAUAUUAGUUAAAGUCACUUGAGUUUUGCUUACAGGAGCGCCAGAAUUCGUCUCAGUUAGCAAAUUAGCAGAGGCAAAAGGAGCGUGAAAUGAUCAAUAACCUUCUCCGUCUGAAGGAAAUACUUCGGGAUUCUAAGCAAUGCCCAUCUUGUAAGAUGGCAAUCUCAAGAAUUGCAGGUUGCAACAAGAUGGACUGUCAGAAUUGUGUGCAGUACUUCUGCUACCGUUGUAACAAAUGCAUUACUGGAUAUGAUCGUUUUAGGGAAGGAGCAUGUAACUUAUUCCCACCCCAAGAAAUUUAACUGUGGGAGGAGCAGAUGAAUGACCGCCGGAUUGAGGCUCGGGUUCAAGCUGAAUUCUUUCUUGCGCAAGCUCACAACCAGUGUCCCAACUGUUGCCAACCAAAUGUAAAGGCGAUGAUUUUUUAUUAAAUUCAGGCCGAUUGCUUCUGAUAUGACAACCGGAGUGAGAAUAUUCUUCAUAUAUUUGUCCCUCUCAAUUGCCAUGUCAGAUUCGCAAGCGGGGUUAAAAGUUUUGGGUACCAAAUCUUCUCCUUAUGUAUCAAUUUAGUACUAUAUUUUUCCCGAAUCUGAUGUAAUAACUGAGGUGGACGAAUAUACGAAGAGUAUUCUCACUCCAUUUACCACAUCAUAGAUUUUUAACCCUUCUUUAUACCUAUAAUCGUUUGUGAUUCUUUGGGGGCGCCUUUGGUAAAAUUACGGAGCUUCCUUAACUGACUUAAGGAUUCACCAUUUGCCAUUAUUUUUGAUACACAAACAGCUUGGCAAUAACAA